AUGAUGAUGAUGAUGAUGAUGAUGAUGAUGAUGAUGAUGACGGAUAACGAUGAUAUUGUCUUUGUUCUUGUCGUCGUCACUGUUGUGUCACUGCUGGCUGAUUGCUUGGUACAGAGUCAGUGUAGGACUGUAGCUAACUGGUUAGCUGGUUAUUGGACUCUUGUUUGGUUUAAUCCGUGUCUCAAGUAUGAAUAUGCUUGA